UCUUUCAAGAUGGGCAAGAAUGGUGUGAUUUGGUUGUUUAAAAAGGGACGGCACAUCAUGAAAGCCCAUGGGAUCACGUUUUUACUCCUUAUUGAUGUUUUAUUUAAAACAGUAAACGGAUACUUGAGUUCCCCACAUGUUGGACCAGAACCUCUUCAGAGCGAUUCCCAACACAGUACCGUAAUCAGCAGCCCAGUGGUACUGACAGCUUCGUCUGCUUCCCCGUCUGUCGAAGGGGGUUAUCAGUCCAAAUGUCCAAGUGGAGGUCUGUGCAGUAAACUGCCGUCUGACUGCGUUGCCUGUUCCUUCCAUCACAACUGCAGCUACGGCAAACCAGCCGUCUUCUCCUGCAAGACCAAGCCAGGAGUCCACUGCGUAGGCGAUUCUGGGCAGCAGCUGACCCACUUCAACCUCACGGUGACCUGCCAGUUCUGCUGGCAGCUGGACCCCUCCCUCUACCGCUGCAACAGCUCCACCAACUGCAUGACCGUCUCCUGCCCCCGCAAGCGCUACAACACCACCUGUGAGGCGCUGGAGCACGUGCACUGUCUCGGGAAAAGAAGGUUUCCCAAACGACUGUUUUGCAACUGGACCGGAGGCUACAAAUGGUCCACAGCACUGGCACUCAGCAUCACACUGGGUGGGUUUGGUGCGGACCGGUUCUAUCUGGGCCAGUGGCGGGAAGGCCUGGGGAAGCUGUUCAGUUUCGGGGGCCUCGGCAUCUGGACGCUGAUCGACGUGCUGCUUAUCGGGGUGGGCUACGUGGGACCCGCGGACGGCUCACUCUACAUCUGAAGCCUUGCGUUGCGCUGCGGUGGCUUUUGGAUCCGCCGCCCUCUCCCAUUUUAAGGCCUUCUGACUUUCACAACCCGAUUAACACACGUCUCCCAAUCCUAUUAGCACACGCCGGGCUUUCCAAAACUCCCCUUGCAACAGAUUUCUGUCCCAUCUGCCACCGGAGCACAAGUACUCCGCCUCAUUCAUUAUGCAUCAGACUCCACGUGUCAGGGGGGGUACGCCUGUCCAUCGCCGGCACACCGAGGGAGGGGGCCACUCUGUGCUCUGUUUACAGGUUGAGUGGUGGAUUUAGGGAGGCGUGAGGCUGCGUAAGAGGAGACGUUACAGGGUUCCUCACGCAGCGCCCAGGCACUGAGCUUCACCUCUCUUCCCUGUAGAGGAUGAAUGUGAUAGUAAAUAAAUACAGAGAGUAAAAAAAAAAAAAACGCCGCUGUGUCCUGAGGAUGGCCUCAGCAUGCAGGAUUAGCUCUGACGUCUCUGGGGUUUCACGAAACCUCUUGCGUUUGGCGAAAUCGUGCUACGCUAUCGUUACUGUGUGUAAAAAAAAAAAAAAAAAUGGAUGAUCACGGGCCACUGUUUGUUUUUA